AUGAUGGAAGAGGCGCCUGACACCGGUCCUAAGUUCGGCGGGAUAUUCCGCUGGACGCCGCAGGCAUCGGUGGCGAACCUGGACCCCACCCGGCAGACAUCUUUCGUUACUCACUCGAUUGUUUACCAGUGGUACGACUAUCCGUUCGGCUGGAAUCUGGACAGGGUUGCUCAGGAACAGAUGGUGGAUACGUGGUCGGUCAACGAUGAGGCGACCGAGUACACUUUCUCACUUCGUGAGGGGUUGGAGUUUCAUGACGGCAACCCCGUAACGAGCGAGGAUGUAACGGCGUCGAUCCUGCGCUGGAAGACUACACCCGGCCUUCCGGGGACGAUGUGGGACCUUGCGGAACAGCCAACUGUCGAGGCUGUGGACGAGCUUACAUUCAAGCUCAAUCCGGGCAAGCCAUUCGGUUUGUGGAUUCCUUUCUGGGUAUCACUGCCCACCUAUGUGAUGCCGAAGGAAGUUGUGGAACCUCUGGCAAUCUCGGACAUUAUGACGGACUACACCGGUUCGGGACCGUUCAAGUAUGUUGAGUGGAUUCCCGGAAACCGCGUUGUGAUGGACAAGAAUGAAAACUACAACCCGCGCUCGGACGAACCUAAUGGCGACGCAGGCGCGCGGAUAGCGUAUGUUGACCGUGUGAUCAACCUAGAAGUGCCGGACGCGGCGACGAAACUUGCUGCGCUCCAGACGAAGCAGACCGACUUUGCCGAGGGCCUGCCGAACGACUUCUACGACACAAUUGUGAAUUCGCCGGGCAUCAAGGCGGUGGUUAUUCCCCAGUGGGCGAGGCCUCAACUUGGAACCAAUAAGCGCAACCCGCCGCUGACUAGUCCAAAAGCGCGCCUCGCCAUUCAGGCGGCAACCGACCCUGAGAAGUACCUCAGCGCCGCUUAUGGCGGGCCCGACCUUUGGGACCUCGGGCCGUGCCUCUGGGCGUGCGGCGCACAAUGGGGCAGCGAUAUCGGCGCGGAGCAGUACUACGAGGUUGACCUAGAAAAGGCGCGCGCAUUGUGGCAGGAAGCAGUCGAGGAGACCGGCUUCUCCGGAAAAAUGGUGCUACUGACGAAUACGGACUACUCGGACUUCUACGCAUCUGCCCUGAUUACCAAGGAGAUUCUGGAAUCGCUGGGGGCUGAAGUCGAUUUCCAGGUCAGCGACUGGGCGACCGUCAUAUCCCGCAAGGAAUCGGCAAACGCACGAGACACGGUGGAAGAGGGCGACUGGCACUUCUACCACACCUGGGGCGGACCGCUUGAUCCCAUCACAGACUCUGCCAUCGGGCAGACGUGGAACGGCGGCUAUCACAACGAGCGCAUAAUCGAGCUGAGGGACGAGUUCCUGAAUUCCACCUCACUUGAAGAAGCCAAGGCAAUCACCGAGGAGAUUCAGCGGAUUUACUUCGAGGAAGACCCGGCGACGAUCAUGUACGGCUGGUUCAAGUUCGUGGUUGCGAUGCAAGAAGAUGUGCAGGGCUAUGUGCCGCACAAGCGCAUCCUGAUGCAGGGCUUGUGGCUGGACAGGUAG